CUCUUAAAUAGAUUUAAAGUGUCAAUGGUGUGUUCCUCCUCUCUCUCCCCUUCACGGAUUAUUUCUUUUGGUCUUUAGAUUGAGGAAUUAACAAGAGACCCUCUCUCCCUCUCUCUCUUCCCACCUCUCGUCCCUCAGUAGAUAACAGGAGGAGUGCAUCCCGCGUGUACUAGUGGAUCAUGAAUGGAGAUAACGUACAGAAAGUGGACCAUAAGCCAAAGGGUCUUCCCUCAGGCUGGAGGAGAGAGAUUGUAGUUAGGAAGAAUGGUAUGUCUGCUGGGAAGACUGACGUGUACUAUUACAGUCCUUGUGGUAAAAAGUUCCGCUCAAAGCCACAGAUUGCUCGUUUCCUUGGCGACCAUGCCGAUCUAACGUGUUUUGAUUUCAGUCGUGCCGGUAGUUUGGGGGACGGGACCAGGCGAAGAGCUCGUGACCGGAACCCACAAGGAACCGUCAAACGGUUUGACCCGCGGCACAUAGUACCACAGUCCGUUAGACCACUGUCACUGAACCCACUGAGACCUUCCGGACCUGUUCGAAGGACCUGUGGAGUCAUUAAACUACCGAUAAUGUUACUGUCACCUCCUGCUGGUAACACUGAAUUGAGGGAUACCAUAUUAGGACAGAGCAAUAAUGGGAGUGGCUCAGUGGGCGGAGACUCUAAGGGACAUACUUUAAAUGUGGUAGUUCAGUCGCUAUGGGAACGAAGAUUGAAUACUUUAAAUCCAAAUGAUCACGUCACAGGAAAGGAACUCUCGAGAUUAGACCCAGACCCAAUCCCACCUCCAGGCUAUGGUCCAUCAGAUGGUCUAGUAUCAUCGUCACGCAUUCCUUUGUUGCUACCUUCAGGGCUACAGCCCCAGUCUCCUGUACUGCCUAGUCUAUUGAGUUCUGUACAGAGACCCCAGUCUCAUCCUGUUAGUAAUAAUAAUAAAGUAACUAGCGGUACUAGACUAUUACAGAUACAUCAGGACCAGCAGCAGCAUCAAGUCAAGUCUCAUCCUAACAAUAUCCCUGCUCGUAUCACUGGAGGAGGGAACGUGCUACCAAUGACAGUCACUGAUUCUGAUGUCAAGCUUCAAGAGCAAAGGGUACUCUUGCUACGUCAGCAGUUAAUGGCCGCCCAAAGUUCGUUGUGAGGUCUUUCUUUCUACUAAUUACAAUAAAAUAAAGAAUUGUUCUGUGACUGAUUCACCUCAUGCACUGUACACUCACUCUCAUUAUGUUAUGGAUAAUGUGCUCAAAAUAUGUUUGAGUUGAAACAAUUUCUAUUCUUUUUUGUAUCAUAAUUCUUAAUAUCUAAUUAUUUUAGUAAGCACUGUCUCUCUUUCCCUCCUUCACAUUAUUAUUAUUAUUAUUAUUAUUAUUAUUAUUAUUAUUGUUGUUGUUGUUGUUAUUGAUACAGUAAGAUUGAUUGUUAAUUAUUGUUAUAAUUUGGUAAUAAGUUGAUCCCAUUAUUAUACAGAUA